CUCAAUUUCUCACAACAAACCUGAAAUCAUAUCUUUUAUUCCAACUCCACUUGAAGAUACAGUUAAUAGCAAUAUGAAAACAGAUGCUAAACAAUCGUCUCAAGAUGUAGACUCUUGCACCUCAAAACGGUACAAGCCUUCUGAUAUUAGAAUGUAUCUAAAAAACUCCACUGCUCGGAAAUCAAGUGAAAUCCCCUCACCAACUAAAGGCAGCCAUAAAGAUAUAAACUCUGGAGAGUAUAAAACAUUGGGCAAAUGCUUGAUUUGUGCUGAACAUCUUACAGGUGAAUUGGAGAUCAAGAACCUUGACGGCACCAUCUGUGGAAAGUGUUUCAGGAAGACUUCUAGCAAACAUGGCAAGAAAGUGGAGGACAAGUCUUAUCCAUGUUCUUUUUGUGAGAAAACCUUUACAUGUAAGCCAACUUUAGUUAUACAUGAAAAAGUUCACACAGGAGAUAGACCAUUCUCCUGUCAGUGUGGGAAAAGCUUUAAGCAAAAGCAUCAUCUUGUCCGUCACAAAAAAAGCCAUGUACUGGAUAAGCCAGUCCUCUGUACUACAUCUGCAGUCAAGAGGAAAGAUAUGACCAUUCAUAACCAUACAGUUCACCAGCAUCUUCAUAAAUGCAUAGAAUGUGGAGAAACUUUUCCAGAUAUGUCUCAAUUCAUUAAUCAUCAAAAUGUCCAUAAAACACUAAAACUGUUCCCUUGCGUGGAAUGUGGGAAGACCUUUAAGGUCAAAGGCAAUCGUGAUGCACACAUCAGAACCCACACUGGGGAAAGGCCAUUUCCUUGCAAGGAGUGUGGAAAACAGUUUAGAUAUAAGUCCCAUCUGCUGGCACAUGAGAAAAGCCACACAGGAGAAAAUGUGCUGGUUUGCAGUGAAUGUGGCAGAUGGUUUUACAACAAAAGUAGCCUUGAAACCCAUCUGAGAGUCCACACAGGACUGAGGCCAUUUUCUUGCUCUGAAUGUGGAAAGUGCUAUAGGAGGCGUCACCAUCUUGUUUGCCAUCAAAGGACUCACACAGGGGAGGAACCAUAUUGCUGCACAGUAUGUGGUAAAACAUUUAAGGAUAAGACACCAUUAAUCAGACAUGAGAUCAGUCACACUGGAGAGAAACCACAUUUUUGUGCUGAAUGUGGACGAGCAUUUACCAACCAUGGUGACCUUGUUGUUCAUAAAAGGAUGCACACUGGAGAGAAACCUUACACCUGCUCAGAAUGUCCCAGAGGGUUUGCAAAACAGUCCCAACUUGUGAUACAUCAAAGGAGUCACACAGGAGAGAAGCCGUUCCCUUGUUCAGGUUGUGAGAAGUGUUUUACCAGUAGCUCACAGCUUAGUAAGCAUGUAAAGCAUUGUUACACGGGACAGAACUGAGUCAGAGAGUUAUCUUAGUUUGUGCUGUGAUUACUGCAUCAGCAAAUCUCAAAAUCCUUUAACAAUAACCAUUUCCUUUAUUUUUCAUAUUUUAUGUAGAAUUGUUAAGAACCAUAUGUUAUCUAAAUAAAAUUUAUUUUUAUUGAU